AUGGCGCAAAUAUUGGAUGAGUCCAGGUCGAGUGCCACAGCGAAAGAUCCGGCAAAUUCGCCUGUUGCCGGCCACUCGUCUCACGUCGCCGCCGCGCCUGUCUCCCCAACGCAAGGCCGCAAGCAUUCGACCUCUCUCGCCGAAACCCUCCCGCUAGACCACCCUGCUCGCGCGGUUCCAGUCCACUCGUCUCUGCCGACACUUAACCUCCUACCCGACUCCGCCGAGCCUGCCACAGCAGCUAAUGUCAAUCCUCUCACCCUCGCUCCUUUCACACCUGCUGAGCUUGCGAGUCAUAAGUAUGACGAACUGCGCAAGACAGUACUGAACGACAGGGGCGAGGUGGACUUGGACAGAGUGAGAGCCGAGCAGGAAGAAGCCAUUAAGCAAAUCAAAACACGGAUGGAAGAGCGCGAGAGGAAAGAGUCCGAGAUUGACAAGGAGAUUGCCGAGAAAGAGAAAUUCCGUGAGGUCGAGCGAAAGAUUCUGAGGCGGAGGAUGGGAGGACGCGAGGGAGGUUGA